GAGGUUCGCCUUGUUGCCUAGAUACGAACGCGGAGGGUGGCGCAUUCGGGAGUCCUUCUCUGAAUGAAACAGGAUUUUCGAUAGCGGACAUUGUGGUUCUGGGUAUUAAGUGUCAUCGACGAAUGACCUUCCGCUAGCUUGAGCCGAAAUGUCGCCGGUUUCCUUGACGCUAUUGAAGCAGCACUGGAAGUGAAAAACAGCGCCAUUUCUGUCGGCGUCCAUGAUACGCGAUGCUACCGCAGCGGAUUCCAGAGCUCGAGCUCGGAACGGCAGCGGGAGAGAAAUAGCCGCUCUUCUUUACUUCAGCCCACGGCAGGUUGUGCCGUUGAAGUAAGACGAAGCCCCACAAUGGACUCUUCCGACUGAGACGCAAACACGUCCCGUGUUUUGCUCAGCAGCUGAGAUCUAUCAGCAGCACAAGCCAUGCCUGACGAGUAAAAUCCCCUUUUUGCUCAAAGCAAUAAUAAAAAAAAACACCAUCCUACAUGCCUCCCCAUGUAGAGCCCCUUCAGUGCGUCCUGCUGGAGUGACUGCCCCCUCUUCCCAAGGUUCUGCCUCGUCCUCUCUCUGUACCCUUCUCCACCGACCACCCGACAGUAACUACCCAUCACAAUGCUGCUUCACCUGAGAAUGGCCAACACCUGAGGUCCUAUGCGUCCCGUGAGCACCGAUUCAGACGGUCCUGCUCCUCCUGAAAACCUCUCUUGCCCCUACCCCCUCGUGGGCCCCCUGCCUGCCUCGGAGAUGUCCCUGCUCCAGUCGCUGGGUCCAGUUCAAAGCUGGCUUGGCCAGGAGCUUGAGAAGUGCGGGAUUGAUGCCAUGAUUUACACCCGCUACGUCCUCAGCCUUCUCCUGCAUGACAGUUAUGACUAUGACCUGCAGGACCAGGAAAACGACAUCUUCUUGGGCUGGGAGAAGGGAACUGGGAAGAAAUGGGGCAAGAGUAAGAAGAAAGGAGGGACCGACCUGAGUCUGGAGGAAAUGAAGAAGCAAGCUGCUGUGCAAUGCCUCCGCUCUGCAUCUGAUGAGAACUCUGGAAUUGAGAGCCUGGUUGAAGAGCUUUGCUCUAAACUAAAGGACAUCCAAAACAAACAGAAAGAGGAAAAACAGAUUCAAAAGAAAUCUGAUGGCUCUCAGUCUCCAGAGCGAGCUGAGUCCCCCUCUUCAAAGGACCAGGUGGAAAUGUAUUAUGAAGCCUUUCCUCCUUUGUCAGAGAAACCUGUUUGUCUCCAAGAGAUCAUGACGGUGUGGAACAAGGCUAAGGCCUGCACAUACUCAAGUUCAUCUUCCUCCGCAGCCCCGCAGACCAGCACAGACACCUCUUCCCCAAAAGAUUGCAACAGUGAAGGUGAGACUGCAAGGGAGCGAAACCUGGAAGCCUGUGGCGCCAUCACCACUGUGGCCAACGAAAGAGGCCAGCAACGACGGAGCAAGAAGGAGAAAGAGAAUCGAUACCGUGGUGGUGGUGCAGCAGCAGAGGAGAAAUCUACCGUCCACUCCAAGAGACAGACGAGACACCGAUCUGAGGGCAAAUACAGACCCAGAUCCUGGUCUUCUGGCUCCAGCGAGGCGGGUUCAAGCUCAAGUGGGAACCAGGGUGACUUGAAGUCGUCCAGAAGCAAGGCAGUUAGAAUCAGGCACAAAUCCAGGGAGGCUGCAAAGAAUAAGAGAACACGCAACAGCGGGCAGGUGAAGCUUCAGGUGAAGGUAAUCGACAGAGAGGAGCGAAGGAACACAGGAGGGAGCAGCAGCAGCGCCACUGGAGGCGCUGCCAAACAACCACAGCUUUACAAAAAGGGGAAGAGACCUCUGAAGGAGAUUCGAAAAGAUCCAGGCUGGAAGGAGGCGAAAGAGUUCGGAGCUGAGGCCAGAGACAAAAAAGAAUACAUGGAGGAGCCACUUUGGUACACUGAGCCCAUCACAGAGUAUUUUGUACCUUUCAGCAGCAGACAAAGCAAGCUGGAAACAAAAUAUCGAAAGAAGGUAGACUCUCCUGAUGGCUUUGCUUUGUCAACCGACAUGGAGAGGCUGCCGGAGAGAAUCCAGGGAAUCUGCAUUGCCAAUGAGAGCUACCAGAGGGCAUACCUAACAGCAGGCUCGUUUGUGGAUGGGCACUUUGUGGAAGGGCCCGGCGAAGCAGAAGAUGAAACUGUUGAACUCACUGGGACCUCAAGCUGCCCUCAGCCAGAGGAUAGUAGAGAUUUAGAUGACAAGCAUCUGUCUGAAUUCACUCACUUCUAUGAAGUUGACAUUUAUCAAUCCAUAUUGGAUACUAGUGCCUCAGACUCUAUACAAGAGAGUCGGAUCUUAAGCAUGAUUCGACAAAAAAGCAAAGAGCAAGGAGACGUGGAGGCAGAAUGUUGUUUAGUGUUAGAGGGCCUUGAGCAGCAAGGGAAAAGUGCAAUACGGGCCAACUCGCAGGACGCUCCGGGAUCUUUUGGAUUCUUAAUGGAGGAUCUGAAAAACAUGGCUCAAGUGUGGGGAUGUUAUUCGCCGGCUACUUCAGAAGAUAUAGAUGGAGAAAGCUUCGUGGGAGACUCUCCCAUCCGACUCUCCCCCCUCCUUGAUAGUGUUUCCUUCACCCUGAGCAAGCUGUCUGGAAAUCUGGAGGAGCCGACCGUCUCUGAAGCCACCAGUGAACCGUCUGGUUUAAACUCGUCCUGCUUCUCUCUUUUCGAGCUGCAGUAUGACAGCCCCACUCUUCCUUUUCCCCGCGACUCGCUCGCCAUUGGUCACGAAAACAACACAGAUUCUAGUAGCUGUCUCGACCCACAUUCUAAUAAACAGUCUCGUUUGCUAAUAUGGACCAAAAAUAGUGCCUUUGACGAAACUGAACACUGUUCUAACCUUUCGACACGAACUUGCAGUCCGUGGUCCCACUCAGAGGAGACUCGGUCAGACAACGAGCAAGGAAAUGUUCCGACGGAGGAUGCUGCUCAAAUUGGCAAUGAGGAGAUUGAUCGUGUAAUCCCUCCUCUCUCUGGUACAUAUCUGGAGGAGGAGAUCUUGGAUUUUUUGCAAGAAAACUCUGGCCGCAAGUGUGAGGAGGUCGGUGUUAGUACAGCAUCCAACAAGACCCUCACCAAAAAAUCCAAAUUGGAGUCCAUUUGUGGUAUCGCAUUGGAAGAGGUUGAGAGUAAACAGUACAGCACUGGCAUGUUUUCGGACAACGCAAACCAACACGGUGAUGACUACAGCUCAGGGAUAAGGAAGGACAUUUGGACUGCAAUAGGAGACGACAAAUCUGUAAUGUCGACGCCAGGAGCAGAGAAACCGAGCGAGGGGCUAUUCUCCGAUGAGUCAGGCGGUUACUGCUGCAGCUGUCUGGAAGUGCAGGCGAAAGAAGUUCCGGUUCAAGGGCCUCAGAAAAAAGCAGUGCAGAGGUCAGAGUAUCACCUUUGGGAAGGCAAGAAGGAACAGGACUUAGCCAAAAACAAACUCUCCAAGGUAGAUGGUGCUGGGGAUUACAUGACUCCGUCCAAGCCCUGGGAUUUGAACUCUGACAAGGAGAGUACAUCAUUCAUCCUGGGAGGGGUGUACGGAGAGUUGAAGACGCUAAGCGGUGAUAAGAACUGGGCCGUCGUGCCGCCAAGUGACACCCAGGACAGCCUGCUACAGUGUGCCGCUGCAGCUGCAUCUGCUUCCAGCUCAGACAUGCUUACCAUCACUGGCACAGAUGUGUUCAUGAACACUAGCAGCUGCUUUGCCCCCGGGCACAGGCCCCUGUGGAGGCCUCUUGUGUCCUUCGGGCAGAGUGACCAGGCCAUCAGAGGAGGCGGAGAUGGAUUGAAUAAGGGAUUUUCUUUUAUCUUCCAUGAAGAUUUGCUUGGAUCUUACGGAGGCUUGCAAAGUGAGGAGCACGGUUUAGAAUACCCGUUUGCAUCCUUCAACCUGAACAAUCCCUUCUCUCAAGUCCUCCAUGUUGAGUGUUCUUUUGAGCCCGAGGACAUGGCUUCGUUCAGUCCGGGGUUCAAGCCCAAAUCCAUUCUUUGCUCGGACUCUGAGAACGAAGCCUUCCACCCCCGAAUAUAUGGCAUCAACCGGACGCAGUACAGGGCCAUUCGCAUCUCCCCCAGGACUCAUUUUCGACCGAUAUCGGCCUCGGAGUUAUCUCCUGGCGGAGUGAGUGAUUCAGAGGCUGAGACUGACAAAGAGGAGACGACUUUUCCCGUCCAGGCGCCGCUGGACGUCUUCGAUGAUCCUCAGGCAGAUCUCAAACCUCUGGAGGAGGAUGCGGAAUGCGAGGGCCCUUAUUACGGGAAGUCAGAACUGGAAUCUGGUAAAUUCUUACCCAGAUUAAAGAAGUCUGGCAUGGAGAAGAGUGCCCAGACCUCUCUGGAUUCACAGGAGGGCUCCAGUACCCUCCUGCCAAUCGCUGAGCAAGAGAUUUGCUUAGACUGCAAAACGGCAGCAGCUGCAUCAACUGCAUCAACUGCAGGUGGACAGACCGACGUCUCUGUCGGCAAGGUUCAAAAUGAGGAAUCUUCAGGGGAGAAGCAGUCCUGUUUGUCUGGGCCAGCAGGUCAGCUCCCCAAGUAUGGGAUUGCUUAUGACUUUGUUGGAGAUGUGCCAGAGUUCCCUCUGUUAAAUAUGAGUGGACAGGGAGGAACUGGCAACCAGCAAGACGAGUGCUGGUGGCAGAACACACUCUGUUCCCCCCUUUUCCCUGGAUCUCAGUGUACAGGGAGCAGCAACAUUUGAAUACUCCAGUUCUGCAGAGGAUGUCCGUCAUAGAGAGGAAACCAUCCUCUCCUUUUGUGACUGGACCUCUACCAGCAACGAUUCAGGGUCAUCUCAGAGCUGGAAAACCUAAUGUAGGCUCAUUUUCUGACACACUCCUCCAAAAAAAAAAAAAGAAAAAAGAAAAAAAAACAAAAAAAAAAACACCCACACAUAACCCUGCAGGUUUUCAUUUACUAACUUAAAACCGUGUGUAAUCAACAAUCGGAUCAACAAAAUUGAGAGAAAAUAGGAAAACUCCAAAAAUAUGUUCUGUCUUUGAGUGACGCAAUGUGCAGACGUGCAUUUUAAGCGUUUUUAGAAUGUGUUCAUUUGAUUCUUCUGUACACUGGUCCUCAUUUACGUCUCAAAGUUAGGUAGUAGGGACAAUCUUUUGUUCUAUCCUCGUCGGUUUUGUUCCCACCGUUUUUGCUUUUGAGCUCGGAUCCCGGUCGUCGGUGGUAUCUGAAUGGUUGUGCAUGUGUUUUCGUCCAGCCAGUCUCACUCCUCUUCUUCUAGUUGUGUGAAACGACUGCUAUCGCAUCCUCUACUUUCCAUCUUGUGUUCGGAAAGAAUAAUACAAGGAUGCUGGCCUUUUUUUUUUUUUUUGAGUUGUGUAAGAAUUUGAGUUUAAUUUAAAAAAAAAAAAAAAAAAAAAAAAGUGUUGCGAUGACUUUCUGAAUGUGAAGUAGAGAAUGUGUGCAGCUUUCUUCUCAAUAUCCCUAAACUCUCCGUGUGUGAAAAGUUAUCAUAAAUGAGUCUGAUUUUUGAAUGGUGAUAGUCCGACAGAGCUAGUAGUAGACAUAGUACGGUUUGUGAGGCAAAAAAACUAAAAAAUCCUUUACAAAAAAACAGGAAAUCAAACGUUUUGUUAGAAAAAAAAUAAAUACUAAUCUACUUGAAAUGCAAUGCUGUAAAAGAAUCUGGGGAAUACGAAAAGACAAAAAAAAGUUUAUGUUUUGGGGUAAAGACCCAUCGUGAAAAGACUACAGCCAUUUCUGCAGAAACCUGUGUUACAACUGAAUAAAACUGUUUUGAUUUCUAUGGUACAGACUAUUUGGUGCUAUAAAUAUGUUCAAAAACCUUUUUGAAGUUGCAGUUCCAUAAUCCGGCUAUGAUAAGUAGACAGCAUAGCCUAGUUUUGUUUGUAGUCCAGACCGUCGGACUCCUUUUUUGCGAAAAUUGUGAUUUUAAAAAAAGAAAAAAGAAAAGUGUUAAGCCUGAUGGCGGGUCUUGCCUAAUGUGGCUUGGUUUUGACUUUACGGUAACCUCUUAGUUGUCAGGCCUGUAACAGCCGAAGCAGAAACACCUGCAGGUAUUAAAUCUCACGUUACUACACAUCCAUUCAGUCACUGGUCCACAAGCAGGAAGUACAGACGCUCAACUACACAAACGUAUCACAAAACAAGUGGCGAAACCAAAAACAUGGCAGAAUUACACUAAGGUACAAAUGCUUUUUUUUUUUUUUUUUUCAUACAAAGGUGUGUUUUUAUUUUUUUUUUGGUUUACAAUAUAUCUUGUUGAAAUAUUGAGUAAUGUCUCACUUUGUGUGUGUGUGUGUGUGUGUGUGUGUGUGUGUGUGUGUGUGUGUGUGUGUGUGUGUGUGUGUGUGUGUGUUGGCAACAGAACUUGUGAAGGCACUGGUUCGGAAUGCGUGUACUAGAACUUUAUCUCAGAGAAACGUGAACGUAUGCAGAGACGUACGUUCACAGAAAUGCAAACGCGUCAGCGCCCUCUGAAUUUGAAACACGUUGGCUGUAAAACCCUUUGAGGUGUGGUUGGACUGGCCCUACUUGUGACCCGUGCUUUGAAAGUUCAAUAGUGCAUUUCUGUUUUAUUUUCUUUCGAUCUAAAGGAACAGGUUGGAACAUUUAGUGGGAUCUGUUGGCAGAAAUGGAAUAUUAUACUAAAGUAAAUAUAGAAUGAAUAAAGUCCACCUUUAAAUCUUUCUAAACGGGUAAUGAGGACAGUAGCGGGGUGAUUUCUUUGUCACAUACCAUAAAGAUAAAACGGACAACUGAAAUCCCCCCUCCAUUAACGGGCAAUUAAAGACGUGUGAGCAGACUCUCUGUUAGGUCUCUAUUUCAGGCAUGACUCUGGAAAUGGCCUCGUUCAAAAAAAAAUGCAAAGAUUGUUUGCACAACCAUAGGUUUGUUCAGUCCAAUGCCACUUCAAUUUAAAAAAAGACCCCCAAGUAGCUGAAUGAAAGAUAAUCCAACUUCAGGGUCUUGUCACCUUUCUUUGACAGUCAUCAGACACUCAGGAAUCUUUUGAUAUGAGCAUACUGCAUAAUCUACACACAUUGAUGCAUUAAUGUCAAACCUUUCUUUGAUUGUAGAGCAGAAGUUAUUGACUGGAGUUCUUUCUAGAGAUGUUCCGAUACCAUUUAUUUUUCCUUCCCGACACCUGAACUUGCUAAUCGGCCCAGUACCGGACAAAUGCAUACAGGGAAUGAAUGGCAUUGAACUUUCCUUUAUUUACUAGUUUGACAGGUUGUUCGGUGUAAACUGUUGCCAGCGCUAACAUUUUGAUUGCUCUGGCUAAUGUUCCGCUUUUCGCUCGCAACUCUCAACAGAAAUGAGAGAGAAGCGACACGGCUCACUCGUUAGCUGCUUCUGUCCAUGGAAGUAGCCAACGAGCAAGGCAUCACACUUGUGUGUCAUCCCUGUUGAGAGUUGCACCGUACCGAUCGGGCAGAUCCUGUGAUAUUAUAACUUUAUAUGAACCGGUGCAUGGACCUGAUCGGAAGCUUUUCUGAUACUAGCAUCAGUAUCGGAACAACUCUGGUUCUUUCCAAGCAAACCACAGACUGUCAUUGACUUAUAGCUAGUUUUAAGGGAGAAAUAAAAAAGAACUAAGCCAUUGUAGAUUGCAUAAGCAAUGUCGAGUUCUAUGCAAUACCAUGGCGCAUGUAAACAUUCAAGAAUAUACGGUGAAAAGUCAUUCAGUUCAUUUUGCAUGUUGAUUCAUUUUGAGUGAGAGGACACCUGAGAUAUAAAAAAAAAAAAAAAAAAACAUCUCUGAAAAAUGCAGCAUGCAAACAUCACACUCGGUUUUUUUUAUGUUGGAUUUAACAAAAUAUUUUGGUUUAAAAAAAUAAAAUUAAAAAAAUACAAGUAAGGUUAAUUCAGUGAUUGGAAGAAUGUUCAUGACUGUGUGUGAAUCUGAGUGAAUGUGUGCAAGAAGCAGAGUCACAAAGAGCACUUGCAUGGGAGUUGGAAGGAAUGCAUCACACCUUUCUCCAUUUGAUUCUUCCAUUUUGAUAGGCCGCCUUAAAAGAAAAAAACAACAAAAAAACAUGUAUGAUGAGAAAAUGCAGUCAGUGAGGGUAUAUGCAUUUGGAACAGCACUGACAGGUGAUUGCACUGUGGUCUGAAGAACAUACCCCGCACUGCAAACUAGAGUUUUCCUUGUCUUUUCAUUCACACCUCGGCUCUCCUUCCUCUUCCUCUUUGUUCCAAAAUCCCAUCUGUCCCGAGUAGUGGUGUUGUUCUGAUUUCAUGUACACCCUGAGAAAAUUAUUUUGUUUCAUUGUGGAUUUUUCUUAACAUCUAAUAAAGGAAUAAACCAAACCUCAGCCUAUGAA